AAUUUCGAACUUCCCAUAUAUAAGGAGGAUCAGAAACAUACAAGGGAUUUUGGAGUGCAGAGAAUAAAGAGCUAGGAGCAAUAAAAGAUUAUCUAGGCGUUCAGAGGAUGGAGCUAGCGGGGGCCCAGAGUCUCAAUCUUCUUUCCAAACAAACCGGCGCUGGGUCCCAUGCGUGGGCCAUUGAGUACAAUGCGUGAAUCGUUGGCUGCACCAGCACCAUAUAAACUUUGUGAUGGGUGAGGUUACAGUUGGUGGGAUAUGGAAGAGGCCGUUAGGAGAUAAUUUCCUUUUGCUUCUGGAAAAGGGCUUGUUAUGGAGAGUCGUGGUUGUGAAAAUAUCACUUUCUUUGUAAAUUCAAAUUUCUCACGUAAUGCCCUUUUUGAUGGUUUCAUGGCUCAAACAACUGCUGGAGUUUUCCCAUUCAGUUUAUAUGGACGGAGAUUCUUUGGACGAUGGAAGAAGUUACAACCCACAAAAUAUUUCCCAAAAAAAAAAGGAAAAAACAAAGAAAAGAAGUAGGAAGUCGUUGUUGCAUUUGAAAAAACGAUUCUUCAUUUUGAGUAACAAGUGAAAAUAGAAACACAUGAAAUGGAAAGUUUUGUUUAGUUAUGAAGAAAAUAUCAAAGCCCCUCCGAAAAUAAUGGUCAGAUUCAAACAAUGAGUGGCAAAGACCCCCACAACGGACCUUAAAAAUUCAAUUUCCAAAUGGACCAAAAUGUCCUUGCUCUCUGGAUCUCCAUGCUCAGAGGUUACUGAUGAUGGGCCGGCACACUGGUUGUGAGUCCACUCCCACAACUCGACGCCUUACUCCCUCUCUUUCCAGUCGGGUAGAUGCUAAGUCCGAGGUUUAUCCUUUUUUCAUCCUGUCUCUCUGGCUCUGUCCCGUGUGAAGAUUUGCCAUAUCAUAAAAUUACAAAUUCUUCAGAAAAAAAAAAAAAUGAUAUGACCAUGGUCCCAAGCAGCCCUCCGGAGUAUAGGGCUGGGGAAACUGGUUAGCAGCAAGCCAAAAACCCUGUAUUUAAAGGGUACCUCGGUUUCAAUAUUUCUUUUCCUUCUCAUUUGGAAAUUAACAGGGUUACAGGUUAGAUAUAUAAACUUGGAUUUGGAUCUUACAAAAACCUAAUAAUGAAACAAUUUUACUAUGUGUAUGAACCCAUACAAAUUCAACAAUAUUCAUUUCAUUAAAUUUUCAGCUUUUGAACGUUAGUCCGAGCUGCUUUAAGGUUUAAAAUCUUUCAAAACGACCAUAUGUCUGCAGAGCAAUGAUGGGAUCAAGGAGAAAUGCAAAGCGCUGAUGUAUCACGGACGGCUAAAACAAUUGCACAUUCUUCUAGAAAAUAAAAGGAAUUGUUGUCCAAAGUUGAGGUCCGAUCUAACGCUGGUAGGAGUACAUGACAUCUCUUUGGAACAGUCGCCGUCAUGUUAAGCAUCAGCCGGAGAGAGGGAUGGCGGGUGUGAGGGGCAUUUUUGUCACAGUCAAGCCUCCUUCCAGUAAGUGGUGAUAGAGACUCUAAGAUGUAUGCGUUUUAGUUUUUCCUAUGUAUUUUAUUAUUCUAUCAUUUUCAGAUUCUCUAAAUAAUUUUUUAAAAAUAAAUUAAAAUACAUUUAAUAGUAAUUAUAAAAAAUAUUUUUAAUCUUUUUAAUAUUUAGAAUGGUAAAAUUUUUUAAAUAUUAAAAAUAUUAGGAAUUUUUUUAAAAUUACUAUCAAAUACAAAAAGAAAGAAAGAGGAAGAGAGGACGUAAUAAAACCACAAAAGCCGGAAUAGUGGAGCGGGAAGAGUGGAAGAGGGGAAGAGGUAAUAAUUUAGGGGGAAGAUUUAUAAUUUAAUUUGGUCGGGCCAAGUGGCAAAUUAACCGUGGAUGGUGGGUAUCGGAAUCUCACUGACGCAAGGUGGCGGUCUCUCUCUAAUUUCUACCGCGUCCAGCCCCACCCCCAAUCCAACCCCGACCCUCAAGGAAAGAAAAAGUCUAUAAAUAUGGGAUGAAGGGAACCAUACCUAGGCUUGAAGGCGCUCCUGAAAGGAUCUUCACUAAUAGCUUUCUCCUUCAGAGUCCCUCCUUUUCAUCCAAAACUGGACCCCAUGUCUUCUCUACCCAAACCCUCGCGAAGCAUGGUCACCUCCAACCAAACCAUCAAGUUCCUCUGCAGUUACGGCGGCAAGAUUCUUCCUCGUUAUCCCGACGGAAAGCUUCGUUACCACGGCGGCGAAACCCGUGUCCUCGCCGUUGACCGGUCCAUUUCCUUUGCAGAGCUGUUGGUGAAGCUGGGAGAGUUGUGUGGGAAAUCGGUGUGUCUGAGGUGUCAGUUGCCGACGGAGGACCUAGACGCUUUGGUGUCUGUCACCUCCGAUGAGGAUCUCGCCAAUCUCAUCGAGGAAUACGAUCGAGUCGCAUCACCACCCGCGUCUCUAAAGAUCAGAGCCUUUCUUUCGCCGCCCAAAUCCAUCAAAAAAAUCUCUCCUCCCCCGUCAUCGGCUUCCUCCUCACAAUUGUCUGUCGCCUCUGCUUCGCGGUUUACCAUGCCGGCGGCCGUUGAUCUUUGCCACCACCAGAUCUCGCCGCAGGUCAAUGAGCGGAUUAAAGUUUGGCUGGCAGUAUUCGGAAGACUAGGGCAGCAAUUAGCACUGCAUAAAAGAUAUGGACGAUGACUACAGGUGAAGUGUGGUCUUCAAUUUGACUAGACUUCAUUAACAUACAAGGCACUUAGUUGGAGCCAUUAAUGGCGGUUCCCAACAAACAAGUAAUUCUGGAUGUGGCUUCAUACUCAUGGUAGCCCCCCUCUGCCGAAAUUUAUUGAACAUGGAAAGAAGCCAUAAGCCAUAUGGUGUGUCCCACGACAGCUGGAAUUGAAGUGGGGUUAACGAAAUUAAUACAGCCUUAGAAAGGAGAGAAGUACAAGAAAAGAAAGAGAAAAAUAAAGAUAAAGAUAAAAAUAAAAAUAAAAACAAAACUAAAGGAAGAAAGAAGAAGAAAAAAGAGAUCCUCCUUACGGCCUUGCCCGAGGAGGGCCACGAAUUUGGUCACUGAGGUGGGUGUCCACUCACGCAGCAUUCAGGGGAAAAGAUUCCCCUUAGCUGUCCUAGUUUUGAAAGGAGAGGAGAUGAAAUCAUUGGAUUAAAUUAAAACAAAUAAAAAAAUAAAAAAAAGCCAAUUAAAUUCAAGUAGGCUGAUGGCAGAUGCUACCCCACAGGACAUGAUAUUUUUUAUUUUCCUUAAAAAAGAAGACUGAUGGAAAAGGAGAGGAUGGUAUCCACAUCAAAGAAUCAACAUCAAGAGCGCUCCGUGUGUAAUCCGCGUUUGUGACUGUAAAGUCGUGAUUUAGAAGCAGCAAAGAUUCAUUGGCGGCCAGGCCCAGGCUUCAUUAAUGAAGGUUGUUUGAUUUUAGGGUAUGGGGCCUGCUGUUACAUCCCACUCGGAGUUCCACAUUCUUGCUGUGUUGGUGACUAUAGGCCCUGAUAUCAAAAUCAAACAGGAAAAAAAAAAUGCAUAGUAUAGAACUGGAGAUACAAAAACUUCCCCUUCAUAAAUAAAAUUCCUUUUAUUCAAA